GAUCUUUCGUAAAUUUAUAUUCCGAAGAAGAGCAGGGUAGACUCGCUCGUCRAAAAUAGUGUUGUUGUCAAGGACUUUGGGUCCUUUUAGCUUCCCAAAUGAAUAUAAGACUAUCUUUAUGGUCGUUGGUUAUUUUUACUAGUUUAAUUGGAACAUUGGUGGCAUCUGAUGUAGAAGAAAAUGCCGAAGAGUUAGGACCGUUCGACCGAGAAGACGGAAAGGGUUUGAGUAAUAUUUGGGCAGUUGAAGUCGAUUCUGAUGAUAAUUCUGAAGUAGACGAAAUCGCUCGUAGUUAUGGGUUCAAGAAUAUUGGUAGAAUAGGAUCUUUACCAGGACAUUAUGAAUUUGUUCGCGAGGAGAAAGGCACACGAAGUAAGAGAAGUACGAUGACGCUAACGAAACGGCUGAUCGCUCACCCAAGAGUCAAAUGGGCUCAGCAACAACGGAUCCUCGAACGAGUGAAACGAGACUUUUUCGAUGCGUUAGAAGCGAGCGAACAAGAACGAGACAAGAGAUAUUUCAACGAUCCGUCCUUCCCUCAGCAGUGGUAUCUUAAAAAUCACGGCCAAUUUGGUAUUCCCAAAGGUAAUGACAUUGGCGUACUACCUGUAUGGAAGAGAGGGUACACUGGCAAAGGAGUUGUUGUCAGUAUCUUAGACGAUGGUCUAGACCAUACUCAUCCUGAUCUAAAACGAAACUACGACCCCAAAGCCAGCAUCGAUCUCAACAGCAAGGACGAUGACCCAUUUCCCAACGAUUCAGACCCAUACAACGCUCAUGGAACAAAAUGUGGAGGGGAAGUUGGCGCUCAAGCAGAUAACGAAAUAUGUGGUGUCGGAGUCGCGCCGAAUGUUAGUCUUGGAGGAGUGAGAAUGCUCGAUGGAACAGCUACAGACUUGCUUGAAUCUCAUGCCCUUAGCUUCAAACCACAGUACGUAGAUAUCUAUAGUAACUGCUGGGGCCCUAAAGACGAUGGAAAAACGUUUGGAAGACCAGGACCACUUGGUCAAAAAGCAUUGAAAAAUGGAGCGAUGAAAGGCCGAGGAGGUAAGGGAUCCAUCUUUGUCUGGGCAACAGGAAAUGGUGGUCUUGUAGAUGAUGACUGUAACUGUGAUGGCUACACCUCAAGCAUAUAUACCAUUUCAGUAGGUGCCGUCAGCUCCUAUGGCUUGUCCACAUACUAUGAUGAACAAUGUUCAUCUACCAUGUGUGUGACAUUCACGGGAGACAGCCAUCGAGGUGGUGAAGAAGAAUUUGUUCUUGUGACAACAGACCUCAAACACAAGUGCACCAAGAAAUUCCGCGGUACGUCGUCAGCAGCUCCCCUUGCUUCUGGUAUAUUUGCAUUAGUACUUGAAGCCAAUCCCAACCUCACCUGGCGAGAUCUCCAGCAUAUCGUAGUACAAACAGCACAGGUGACAAGCCCCAAGGAUGAAGGAUGGAGACGAAAUGGUGCAAAUGUCCUCUUCAAUCAUAAAUUUGGAUUUGGACGUUUAAAUGCCUCCUCACUCAUCAAUGCAGCAUUAGGAUGGAAGCAUGUUGCUGAACAACAUGUUUGUAACGUGAAGGGCAUUAAGCAUGAAAAUAGGCAUUUUGAAAGAAAUGGAAAGCUAGUUGUACGGAUCAGGACAGAUGGAUGCAAGGGGAAAAAUAAUGAAAUAAAGAAACUGGAACAUGUCCAAGUGACUGUCUCCCUGGCUCACCAACACAGAGGAGCCUUGAGCAUCAGCAUUCGUUCACCAAUGGGAACUGACAGCAUGUUAUUGUCCACCCGUCGUUACGAUAGCUCCUCAAAUGGGUUGGACAAUUGGACCUUCAUGACGGUGCACUUCUGGGGUGAAAAUCCUGCAGGAUGGUGGGAAAUCACAUUCACUGAUAAUUCUGAUUCCAUGAAUAAGAAGAGGGCAACCUUUGACAUGGAAGAAGAAGAAAGACAAGAAAUAAAUUCUCGACGUAGGAAGAAGGCACAUCGAAAUGAAAUACCCUUCCCAUAUGGUGCAGGCUAUGAAGUAGAAAAGCCAAGGCAGUUCAAGCGGUCUGAAGCAGAGGAAUUAGCCAAUAAUUAUGAUAAAUUUCGCGACGAAAUUAGACAUGGAAGAUUUGGUGGUGAYUACAUGAGAGAUCAAAUUGCUUCACAAGAUGAGGCUCAACAACUUGAAGAUGUCCUACAGGAUGAAGAAAACUUAGGAAUGUAUGACCAAAAAAGCAAAAUAACUGGCUAUCUAAAGUCCCUUUCUUUGACUUUAUAUGGAACGGACAAAUAGAUACAAUGGAAGAAUUCAAAAAUAACAUAAAUUAAGUUAUUUCUCAGKUAAUGUCACACUAAAUUAUUGCUAUUAUUUUAUUAUAAAUAUAUAUUUUGUUAGGGUCUAUAAAUAAUAUUAUACUGGUACUAAUGUGGGUGGAUUUUGUGAUGAUUAAAAAUAGCUUCAACUUCUCUGUUGUUCAGGGUUAGCCUCGAUUUUAUGUAGAAUAUUCAUGUCUUUCAGUGAAAGUCUUUUGAAUUUGAAAGUUCAUUAUUGAAUGUCUGAAUUCUUUGCUUUAACCAUUGUAUUUUUGAGUAUUUUGAAGCUGAGGUUUUGAGGGUAACCUCAAGUAACAAGAAAUACUAAUGUAGCUUAUAUGGAGACUCCCGUUUCUCCCUAUGGGAAAGGGGAAUGAGAAACAUCUACACGCCUGCUAGGAAAUUUGUUUGUCAAUGAUAUYGAGCAUGGCUGUACUUCAAUCACACAAAAUCCAACCUUCAAAUUUAAUCCCUACUUACGAGGUGUACAUUUUAAAUCUGGGUUCAAUAUUAUUGUACAAAGCCUGGAUAGCACUAUCCGGCGGAUAAAUCCUUAUCCAGUGGAUAAGUUGAUGCUGUUAUCCAAUAAAUUUAUCCACUGGAUAAGGAUUUAUCCAUUGGAUAGCGCUAUCCAGGCUUCGUACAACCAGGCCCAGCUUGUUAUGAUAAUUAUUUAAAAUAGAAAGGUUUCAAAUGUUUUUAACUGUAACUCAAUUAACAUCAAGGUGUUCACUGAKUGGCUAUGAACUUGUGUCAUUUGACUAUAAAUCUGCUUUUUGCUAAGGUCUUGUGGUACAGUAUUCCUAAAAACAGUUCCUUGUAAAUUCUCCCGUCACCCCAUUUUUGAGACCCAAAGCCUUGCAUUGCUUUGCAGAUUGCUUAUACAUGUACUAAAGACCAAACAUGCUUACUAAAGUUAAAAACAAAAAGAUCUAUAACGUUA